GUAACCUUUAAAUUAUGAUUUUAGAUUAGAAUUACUUGUACAAGUUUUUAUAUAUCGUCUGAUAGAUCGAUAUAAUGUUUUUAAAAUACCGGACACUUUAUUCGCGGAGUGUAAACAAACUGGACUGCUAUUGCCCUGGUGAGGUUAUUCGCAAAACAGCGGUCCUUUCAGUCUCAGGUAUAAAAAACAUGUAUUCCAUAUAUUUUGUGUAUUUAUAG